AUGGCUGAUGCUAUCGAUAAAGCAGCGUUGAAGCAGUUUGGAGAAGAAUUCUUGGCAAGUAAAGCGAUGGCAGCCGAUGAUCUGGAGAAUGGAGUGAAAGAGGUUCUGGAGUUAAUCAAGUCUCGAAACGGAGAGUUGUUGUUGCUGGACUCGGAUCCGAAUUUGCUACAAACGAAAGAGAAGUUGGACGCGUUGAAGGCGAUUUCUGGAGGAGAUUCGGAAGGAUCUUCGACUCAAGCCGAUAUGACGUCGAUUCUGCUCCUGUCUAACCUUACUGGAAUCGCUGGAAAUAAAAGUGGAGAUUAUCAUGGAGACGUAAAAAGAAGAAGACAAGAUCCAUUGCCAAGCAGACAACAGUGGUUUCGAUCAGAGGGUGUUUUCCGAGGCCAGGGAAAUACUCGGCAAAAUGGAGGCCAAGAGAUGGCAAGAGAAGCAUUCGCUGCUACAAAUGCCAAGGAUAUGGGCACUAUGCCAAUGAUUGUGAACAACGAAGAAAUUAAGCGGUUGGAGGAAGAAGGUGUCGUCGUCAGAGUUGAAGAAGAGCCGAGAUGUGUGUCCCCGCUCCACGUUGUGGAACAAGGUGACAUUGGUGUGGCGAAGGCAAGAUGGAUGAUGCAGGUGGUCGGCGAAAACCAGAAGACGAAGAACAAAUCGAAGUUGGCAAGGAAGAAGAAGUCUCCAGGUGAGGAAAAAGAGAUUGAGUUCUGGAGAGCGAGAGGCGCAGAACUUUUGAGAAGAAAUUUAUUAGAAGUUGAGUCAAUGCCCGACUUUUUCCUGUAUACCGAUGCCUCUGCGCGUGGUAUUGGAGGCUUGUUAAAGAAUGAGAGGCAGGAUAUUUUGUGGAAAAUGACAGAAAUCGGCGACGGAAACUUUGAAAAACAGUCGAGCGCUUGGAGAGAGUUGACCGCGGUCGAAGUGGCUUCGGCGAGAAUAAGUUCAAACCUGAAAGGGAGAGUUCAGGUGUUAGUCGAUAGUCAGGCAGCCGUGAGCGUGUUGAGAAGAGGCUCCAUGAAGCCAGAGCUGCAUUCUUUAGCUGAGAGAGUGUGGCAUAACUUGGAGAACGUCGGUGAGAGCUCGUUUUUGUGGAUUCCUAGAGAGAAAAAUGUAGAAGCGGACGAAGCGAGUAGAAACUUUGAUUUUGAUGACUGGGGAAUAGCUGAGCGAGUGUUUAGUCAUGCACAGAGAAUGUGGGGCGAGAUAAAAGUGGACUGGUUCGCAGAUGCGAAUAAUAAGAAGACGGAAUUGUAUUUUUCUAGAUAUCCCGAGUUUGGAACGAGCGGAGUCAACGUCUUCGAGCACGUCGAGAGAGCAGAGCGAAUGGGACUUCCUUGGUUAGUACCUCCACCAGUUUUGAUACCUCAGUUAAUAAAAAUUAUGAGGAGAAGGAGAUUGAGAGGCGUGCUAGUUGCCCCGUUGUGGAAAAGUCAUAUUUCUUAUCAGGCGCUUGUAGAUUAUUCAGGGAGGUUCAUAAGGGAAGUAAAAGACUAUAUUAUCUACGAGAAAAACGAUUGUAUUUUCAUUCCCGGGGAGGGAUCUAGGCAUUGCGAGGCUACUAACUCAAAAUUUUACCCAAAAUGCAUGUUUAAUCACACGGAAAUCAAUUCGAAAACUGUCGAAUUUUUUCCACUCUGUAAUUUUAUUUAUGGAAUUAUUGUGAUCAAUGAAAAUACCGAUUUAUCAGCUAAUCAGUUGAAAAACGUUUUCAAAAAAAUGACAUCAUUGGCUGGUGGGAUAAGAGUGGAAAACUCGAACUUUGAACAUCUUUCAUUUUUUUCGAUUAAUAAAGUUUUAUGUGUCACUUAUGGAAUUUUUAUUCUGAACAAUCAGAAUUUAACGGACGUUGGAUUUCUGACAAAAGUUAAUCUGGAAGGCGAUGAUUUGGGAAAUGAAUGUGAUUUUCGAGUGGAAAAUAAUACGAAAUUGAAUGCUGAAAGUUUAUGUGAUCAAGGAAAAUUGGCAACGCUUAUGGAUAUGAGAUUUAGCGGGAAUUUGAAAGAUUGUGAAAGUUGCCAAGGAGAUCAAAUUUCCGAUCUCUCAAUUUCCACUUUUCAAAACUGCACCAAAAUUUUACGAGGUCUUCAACUCGAUAAUUUCACCAAUCUUGAAAUUUUAUCAAGUUUAUCAAAGAUCGAAAUUAUCAGAGGUGGAAUUAAUAUUCAAAAUUCGCAAAUUGAAAAUUUAUCGUUUUUGGAAAAUCUCGAUGAUUUGGAAAUUAAUAAUUUUGGUGAAAACGAGAAUUUGGUUAUAAACUUGGAAGGAAAUCCAAAUCUCAAAAGAUUAUCAAUCCCAAAUUGGCGGGAAAUUAUAAAUUCGAACGAUGGAAUUAAAUUGGUCAAUAUUCAAUAUAAUCAUCCAGAUUUUUGUUUGACAAUUGAAGAUAUCACAUUUUUCCUGGAAAAUUUUGUUUCGUUUUUCGAUUUUAAUCUGGAAAUCUGCCAAGAUUCUCGAGAACAAAUUGAGUUUUCCAAAAUCUGUAGCUUCUAUUCAAUGGAAAACUUACCAGAUGCUUGUAAUAUUAUAAAGGGAAACAUUGUUAUAAAUUCUGGAGAUGAGAAAUUUAUGUAUAAACUGAAAAGUAUUUUAUACUUAUUUGGAUCUCUCACAAUCCAAAAUACAACUUUGGAAAGUUUAGAAGACAUUAAUAGUUUGAAAUACAUCUUACAUACUGAUGAUUCCCUUCCAAUUUUUCAAAUCGUGGGAAACAAGAAUUUGACAAAUUCAGAUUUUGUGGAGAUGUUGAAUAUUGUGACUACUGGAAAUCGAGAGGCAAUUUUUCAAGACAAUCAUCGAGACAUUUUUCGAUGGAGUAAUGGAUGUAAUUUAUUUUUUUAUUUUGAUAAGGAUACAGUAAUCCGGAGAAAUCGAUUGAAAUUGGAUUUUAUUGGUGGCGAUUGUGGAGAGAGAAUUCAAAUUGUGUAUAGAACUUCGAAAAGUGUGAAAUGUUUAUAUUGGUUUGUAAUUUGCAUACUAUUAAUUUUUAUUUAA